AUGGCUCCAGCUCCCAGCUUCCGUGGACACCAGUGGACUUACAACCCUGUCCGAGCAGUGUCCUGCCUGCUCCAUCUGCUGGUCCUGUCAAAUCUGCUCUUGUGCCAAGGCAACUCAUGCCCAUCCUGCAGUCCAGAUGUAUUUGACUUCCCCCUGAAAACACUUACAGACCUGUUUAUCGAUGCUGCCAGGCUGUCCCACGACUUCCAUUACCUUUCCACCAUAAUGUUCAAUGAGUUUAAUGAAAAAUAUGCCCAGGGCAAACAGUACUAUAUCAAUGCCACCAAGAGCUGCCACACCAAUUGUCUUCAUACUCCUGAAGAAAGAGACAAAGCCCAACAGAUGAACAAUGAAGACCUUAGUAAGUGGAUACUCAUAUUACUGUACUCCUGGAAUAGACCUCUGUAUCAUCUAGUCAAAGAGCUGCCGAGUUUGAGAAAUGUCUCAGAUGCUAUCCUGUCAAAUGCCGUAAAGAAUGAGAAAAAUUCAGACAAACUUCAAGGAUUCAUAGAGAGGCAAUUCAGCCAGAUUAUUUUUCCAGUCAGGUGGAAGAUGUACGAGGCUCGUAUUUACUGGUCAGGACUCCCAUCCCUGACAUCCAGCGAUGAAGAUAGGCGUCAUUCUGAAUUUUAUAACCUGUUCCAGUGCCUGCGCAGUGAUUCACAUAAAGUUGACAUGUACACCAAGAUCCUGGCAUGCCGAAUCCGCAAAACGUGCUAA